GGUUGGGUGAGGAGGAGAGUGUGUCUGUGAAGCGGCUCCGUAUCUACAGAGCUCUACAUUGCCCGCAAGACGUGCACGGUGCCCGAAAAUGGCCCUAAACCCCAACGCGGAGGAGAAAAAGGACAGAGAAUGUACCGAGACAGGCGAUCUCCGCUCGGAGGGGGGCGAAUCCGUGAAGAAUUCGCCGUCAGCCGCCACCUCGGCCACAGCCAACCAAAAUGGCGAUCAGACUGGAUGUGGAGACAGUGUAAUGCCCGAACAAGAAGCCCAUGAUCGGCGGAGGAGCGUGCAGACAGACGCCCGGAGCUCCAGCAGCUCGCCCUUGCCAGGCCAGAGACCGAGCGAAGAGUUGCCACGAAAAAAUUUCCAAAUCCCAAGGAAAAUUAGAGAACGGAAAGGCCUGUACCAGUUUCUACCCCCUGACAGCCGGGAGUUCGAGGACCUUGUGAAGAUUCUCUCCUCAUUUUACCUCGACGCGUCAUCACGAGGAACCUUCACCUACUGCAAAGCCAGGCUCAUUCACAAUGAACUGCUAGAGAAGGAGUUUAUCGAGAAGCGGAGAGAGAUGAAGCAGGAGGGGCGGACAGAACAAGAGCUGGCUGAGUCUUACUGCUUCCUUUAUCCAGACAAAUCCAAGUUGCAGUGGAUCUGUGAGAAGGGUCUGUCGGUCGGCCACUCUAGGAUUACUACAUUAGGAAAUCCAGCAACGGGUGUUUAUCUCUCUAAAUUUUCUGAUUUGCUACAAAUUAACCCGUUUGAAGUGGGUUCCUUUGGAGACAUGAUCGUUUUUAAAGUUAUGAGGGGACACUUAAAGCACAUCUAUGAAAAUAUGCCUAAGAAUGCCAUGGAACCUACACCCAAGUUUGACUGUCAUGUGUCCAAAAGUGCCAAUCGGGUCACGUCGUUGCUUUCAUACAGAGCUUUUGAGCUCACACAGCAAUACUUUUUUGAGUUUGCGUUUGAUGAGAUCAAGGCUCGGCCCAGGCAUGUGCGUCCGUACGCUGUCGUGUCCUUUCAGUACAAAGGCAAGGAGGCUGCAUCAGCUCCUAUGACUGCACACAGGUUCAACACUAUUUCUCCUGAAGGAAGUAGAGGGAAGAGCUGCUACACGGUGUGGAGUGGUCCACUGGUGAACAAGGACCAGGAGUUGUUCCAGGUCUGCUUACGAUCCUCCACGCGUCCAUACCUGCCUUUCAAACUGCCAGAGAAGCUGGAGGUGAGUCAGGGCAUGCAGCUGGACCAGGUCAAGAGGAAGAUUCCCUCGAUACUCUUUUCUUGGGACACCUACAGCAUCUCACGGGAAGUGACGAAAGGUGGGAUGUCCUGCAGCCUGUUUGAGGUGGUUGAUGGAAAAGGCAAGCCGACCAGUGGCAGCCUGGCAGCCCUGGUCCACAAACUGGAGAGGGACAGGAUGGUGCUGGUGAAGCCCUUGUAUGACAGGGGCUUUCUUUUCUUGCUGUCCUCUGCUCAGAUGCUUGAUCCCAAAGAACGACGGGGGCGGUUUGAGAAGAGCCUUCAGGCGCUGUUUAUCUUUCAGGAGUCAAGGAUGGUUGUCAAGUAUUCCUCAGCAUCCAGACCAUAUGAGCCAGAGUCGCUGUCGGUGGAGCCCCAGCCUGCCAUCCUGUCCUCCUUGGAGCCCUUUGUCCCAGCUCUGCACUAUGCCCUGCUCAAGCUGCGCCCCAACCCAGGCAAGGACCUGAGCUCGGGUGUGGAGCGCCAGGCUCACGAUUACCUAACUCGUAUGGAGAGUGCCACAGUCCGGCCCUUCAUUUUGCCUGAGUACAAACAGAACCUGGACGAGCGGAGCAACCUUCACCCAGCGCCCAGACCCAAAUAUAACAUGGAAAACCUGUUGCGCACCUAUGUCCACAGCCCCACUACCUACAUCUUAUCUCUAACCAAGGCAAAAGACAUGAUUGAAAGAAUACAGAACCCAGUGCCGCCUCCAGCACCGGCCCCAGUGGAAUACAGCCCCGUUUCUGACUGGGGAGGGUCAGACAGGGGCUCGGACAGGGCAGAGAGAGCCCCAGAAAGACAACCCCAGGAGAGGCAACCUGCAGAAAGGGCACCCCAAGAGAGGCUGCCCUCAGAAGGCAGCAGGCGGAGGCAAGGGGUGUCACAUUCAAAUGGGGCCCAGCCACAGCACAAGUCCCAGGUUGAGCCCCAGCCUCAGUCCCAGAGGUUGCGGCUGUCGCAGAACGAGUAUGAUAAAGACAAGAUGAAGCAGCUGCUGAAGCUGAUCCAACUCCACAAGAAAGCACUAGUAAAGGAUCCUGGGAAAGACAGGGGGGAUGCAGGGGAGGAUGGGACGUGGGACACUCACAGUCUGAAGAGGAAGCUAGAGGGAGAGGACAGGGGAGGCAUGAACAAACACCAACGCACAGAACCGCUGAGCAACGGAGAACCCAGCAGAGCAGCCCAAAUAGACGAAAGUGGAGAUGAUGGUGGACAGAACUACAAUCUGACAGCAGUGAUGGAGAGUAUGGGUAUCUAUGACACUGACCUCAGGGCUCGUGGCAAUACUCAUAGCUCCUCGGUCAGCGAGACUCAGCGCCUUCUUAAGAUCCUCUUGGCCACCCUCAACAAAGCCAUGGCCCAGAGCUCCAUGUCCGAACAGUCCAAUCACGGUGAGUCGUCGGCGGGGUCAGGGAGGAGGGAGCCCAGCAUCCCUGACCCAGACCUCAGGAAACAGGAAGAGCUGGCAUCACAGACUAAUUAUACUGAGGAGGACAUGGACUGCAGUCCUGGUAGCCCGUUCACCCCAGGCUCCCCAGUGGAGCAAGCUCACACCUCAGAUAACCCAGCCUGGGUUAUUCCCACGCAUGAAGAAAAAGCCCAGCCUUUUCCUGAGCCAGAGGCAGUACCAGAUGGCCAUGCGGAACUGAAGUCGCCACCACCACCAGUGGUGGAGGUGAAAAAGCCAGCCGCGCCACCCACCUUAACCAUGGUGGAAGAGCCACCCCCCAGGCCCUCCAUCAGCCUGGACACUAUACUCAACCAGGAGAUUCACAGCCUCUCCUCUGACAUCAAAAGCAUUAUGCAGAGUCACCACAUCUACUAUAGCUCCCAGCUGCCCCCACGCUUGCCCCCACGCCACUCCUGGCUACCCAACAGUUCUUUCUCAGACUUUGUUGUACCCUACGUCACUUCUGUCCCCGUCCAGGGGCAUGUUAAAGCACUGUGUGAGAAGAUGAGCAAGUUGAUCCCACCUCCUGCCCCCAAGGUCUCUCCCCCACCUCCCCAAGCAGCUACAUCUAAUCUUACACCACCGCCUGCAAUCACCCCAACUCCCAAAUCCAAAGCAGAGCCCUCACAGUCCAAGAGCGGCGCGGUUUCUCAUAGUCGUAAAAUGGGAACUGUGAAAGACAAAGCUUCCACUAAGACAAAAACAGAGGCUUCCUCCACAGAGCAGGGAGGAGAGAUAUAUUCUCCCUCUCAGGUCACCACGGACUCCCCCGAGUCAAACUCCACCCAGAAUCCCAGCCCAAAUCCGGGCUCUGCUCCCGCCCCCGGGUCCAACCUGCUGGCCAACAGCCUGAUUGGCCAGUUGAAGCCUGAAGUGUUCAGCAGCCUGGUGGAGAUCUUCAAGGACGUCACCAAGAACACAGUGAAGUUCUACAUCUACUCUGGGGAUGAAGGAGAUGAGCGCACAGUCUGUAAGGAGAUCAAGGAGUACUUGAUAAGCCUGGGCAACAGCGAGUGCAACCCACAGACCUUUCUAGAAAACAGCAGCAGUUUAGAUAAACUCCUCAUCAUCAUCCAAAAUGAGGACAUCGCUGCACACGUCCACAAGAUCCCAGCCCUGGUGUCACUGAAGAAAUUGUCCUCAGUGAGCUUUGCUGGUGUCGACACUCUGGAUGAUGUCAAGAAUCAUACCUACAAUGAGUUGUUUGUGUCUGGUGGCUUCAUGGUGUCUGAUGAGUUUGUCCUCAACCCUGACCUUAUCACGCAGGAUCGGUUACAGGGGCUGCUGAAGUUCCUAGAGGAGCAGAGCACCCCCGAACACCCCUGGCAGUGGAAGGUGCACUGCAAGUCCCAGAAGAAGCUGAAAGAGCUGGGCAGGUUGAACACCAAUGCCAUGGGCUUGCUGAACCUUCUGACAGCCUAUCAAAAGAAGCAUCUGGUGGAGUUCCUACCUUAUCACGAGUGUGACACCCAAUCACGUCAGGCCCCAGAUCUGGACUGCUUGAUUAAGCUCCAAGCUCAGCACACCCAGCAGCGGCACCUGAUCUUCCUCACAGAGAGGCCAUUUGAGAUGUUCCUGCAGUAUUCUAGAAAUGGAAUAGUCAUAGCAAGUAUUGAUGAUAUCAUGAGCGGUUUUCACAGCCUGAUUGGUUCCAUCAAUCAAAACGAGCUUCCAACGCCCCCCUCUACUGUAGUGCAUGAUGAGUGUGUGGAGGAGGAAGACAUGUCGUUAGACUCUGAUGACGGUGAGCCACCAGCCAUAUCAGAGUCCUCAGAGCAGAACCAGGAAGCUACUGUGGAGAAUCCCCCCCAGCCUCCACCACCGGAGACGGAGGAGUUCCGUCCCCCACUCCCCGACCAACAGGCCACGCCUGAGAGCACUCCCAACCUAUCUGACUACACCGCUCUCAAAACAGCCAUCUCUCAGUUCAAAGCCACCAACCAGCUAGUCUCAGGCUCCUCAGACGUUGGGAGCAUGUCACCCGGAGGCUUUUCUGUGAACCCCCACCAGAGCUUCCUGUGUCCCUCGGCCUCAUGGGCGUCCUAUACUGGCUCUUCUGGCUACAUGGCCUCCCCGGCCUAUCCUGCCUCGCCCUGCAGCAGCACCCAGGAACAGGAGUACCGGCCCCCAGCCACAGCUUCUGCCACAGUCGCUGGCCCCCCUCUCCUCACUACAGCAGGACCUCUGGCCAAUCUGGCCUCCCUCCCCUUGGAGGUCAAACCUCCCCCUCCACCUCACCUCAUGAUGCUGGGUCACACGUAUGGCUCUGACACUGGCGCAGCUGGGACCGUCGGGGCCUUUUCUACAGGCAGUGUUCGUUCACUGCCCAGCACAGCUGUGGAGGCAUCUCCACUCUCUACCACCCUCCCCUACACAGACAAAAGUGACACAGCCCAGCCUAGCUAUAUGACUGGCAAACCUAGUGUUAGUGCGACCCCUGUGCAACAGGCAGACAGGACACUUAGCGGCCCUGGGGAGGGUGUAUGGGGGACAGCAGGGACCGGCACUUCUUGUGAGACUGCCAGCUGCCAGGGUGCAGCCACGUCUGGAGCAGCAGCUCACAGUGCGCUUCCCCAGAGUGGGGAGAGGGAGUGGACUGAAACCCUCGGCAGCAGUACCCCUGGUAGUCAGGGGGGUAGGACUCCAGUGAACUGCGCUGACAACCUUGGAGCUUGUGUGGGUGUUCCCAUGGCAGCCACCAGGGGGGGCUCAGUGGUCAGACCUAAACUGCCUCAGCCUCCGUUGAGCGGUGGGAGCUAUGGGAGUAUAGGUGCCAUUCCUGGACAGAUGGAUCAUGGGCCUCUACGGGGUGCUGUGGGUCCUCCAUUAGGGGGCUACCGAGGGAGAGGAGGCCCAACAGGAGGGCCUUGGCCUAGGCUCGGGCGAGGACACGAACGGGGGGAGGGGACUGGAGGUGGACCCUGUUCUUGGGGUUAUCCACUGGGGAGGGGUGGGGGACAGGAGUACUACCCGGACUACACAUACUCUCACAAUUACUCCCCCUGAAUAGACAAUCAUGGUGAUCCAUGUGAUCAUGAAUGCCAUACUCCAGAGACUAUUAGAGCUGGCUGAAUGUAUAUAUAUUACUUGUCAUAAACACAUUGAUUUAAAUCAUUAAAUAAGAAUCCUGGUUUUCUACAUGAAUAAAAAUUGAUACAGGCAGUGCCGAGUGUCCUACUGUCGUGUAUACUGUAUGUACGCUCUUUCCAUGUGAGCUGUUUCAGACCCUGUUCAAACCACUAUAUUUAUAUUCGCCAAGAAAUGUAAUGGCCUUCCAGCUUCUCGGAUUUGUCAUGUAAUUUCUGUUUGUCCCAAUUUUGAAACGGUUUGUGAACAAGGGGGAAGGCUGAUAUUUUUUUAAAAGAAAAAAAAAAGAAGUGAAUGAAACUUCACUUUUGCUGUUGGUUUUCUUUUUUUUUUUUUUUUUUUUACAUAUUUGGUUGUUCAAAAAAAUUCUAUUGAAAUAAAACAUUUCAAAUCUUGUUUGUGUGAUGGGUUUGAUGACAGUGUCAAGCAAACCAUUAAAAGUGUAAACCACA